UUCGCUUGAUUUGUUAGCGUCGCGCUAGCCCAGACGGCACCAAUAGAAUCAUUGUUACUUUCGAUGACUAUUUCAGACCCGACUGUAUAUUGUCGUUUGGAAGGGACAGGGCUUGUAGUGUGGUCUGCGACCCUCCAGAACUCCCAGAACCGCUUUCACGGCAGUUUUCACGAAGGCAGUGCCAGUUCUUUUUGGAGAAGAACACCCUUAUGCUGCGAGAUGAUUCUUCUGGCAGUACAACGAGCAUACAUCCUCGGCAGAUCGAUUCUAAUCUAUGGGAAUUCCCUAGCAAAUCCACCGGCACUCCCAGACAACGAGCAGUUCUUGAAAGAGGGGAUUGGGACCUCGCUAUGGGACCUGCUGAAUUUCUCCUUCAAUUCUCAGACAGAGAUGGGUGGUGGAACCGGUAUGCCAAGGAGAAGAAAGUGUUGGCCACCAGGAAAUUACCUGCCGAUUGCAUGCUGACCCUUCCCACCAUGAGUCUUCCGCCAACUCGUUACCAAACUCGGGUUCAAACACCUCGGAUACCUGAACAUAAGAUCCGUGAUUCAGUAACGUACCAUGAGCUUGAGUACUUAGGGAAAGGAAGCUUCGGGCGCGUGAGCCGAGUCCUUGAUCUUCAGUGGGGUGGCAUAAUGGCUGUCAAGAUCAUUAAUGUCGAACGAGAGAAAGAAAAGGAGACGAAGGAAACCCUCAAACGCGAAGUUGAACUAUUGGCCAAGCUGUCACACCCGCACAUUAUUGAAUACAAGCAUUCACAGGGCUGGGAGUUUGGAGAGCCAUCAGCAUACGAAAAUAACGAAUGAACAGAUCACUCAUGUCUCUCGGCACAUCAUCAGUGGUCUGCACUACCUGCAUGGAAAGAAAAUCCUCCAUCGAGAUAUCAAGCCAGAAAAUAUCCUUUUCAAGGAUAUCUUCACAAAUCCCAUCUUCAGUCUGGCCGACUUUGGCCUCUCCAAAGAGAUAGAUACGAAGGCCACGUUCGUUGGAUCUCCACUCUACUGGGCACCUGAGGUAUGUUCUGGCGCCCCGCAAGACUUCCGAGUCGACAUCUGGUCGCUGGGUGUUGUUAUAUAUGAAAUGUUA